AUGACUGGCAAGAUGCAUCCUUUCGACCCUCUCUCCCCAGAGGAGAUCUCCAAGGCUGCGACCAUUGUUCGUGGACAAUUCCCUGGGCAAUCGCCAGCGUUUCGUUUCAUCACGCUCAAAGAGCCAUCAAAGCAGGAGAUGAUGCCCUUCCUAGAGAGUGAGCAUCGUGGCAUCCCAGCAGCGAAACGGCCUGCUCGUGUUUCUCGCGUCCAAGUAGUUCUGCGAGGAAACGAUGGAGCCAACCAGCUCCGAGAACUUCUGAUAGAUCUGGACUCGACAGGUGUACUCAAGAACGACCAUCUAGUAGGCAGGCACUCUUAUAUCGACUCAGACUACAUGAGACUCGUCGAAUCCGCUUGUCUGGCGGAUCAACGAGUCCAGGACGAGAUUAAGAAGCUCAAGUUGCCGCCUAGCUCGACUGUUAUCGUUGAACCGUGGGCGUAUGGAACGGAUGGCACAUAUGACGGGUUGGAGCGAGUUACAAUGUGCUGGUUCUACUUACGCCUUCUCGACAAUCCGGAUGCGAACUACUAUGCCUAUCCCCUGGAUUUGUGCGCAGAGGUGUCUGAGCAGCUAAAGGUCAUCAAAAUCUACUAUCUACCAUCAGCCCAAAAUGACCGAAUAACUGACCAAGCGCGACCGUUUGAUAUCAAGAAAAUCCACUCUACAGCAGAAAGCGAGUACCAUCCAAGCUUGCGUCCCCCUCCCCGGAACACGACAAAGCCCUACCAGGUGGUCCAGCCGGAAGGCCCGUCCUUUACCAUCAAGGGUAACCACAUCUCGUGGGAGAAGUGGACAAUGCGCGUAGGAUUUAACUACCGGGAGGGUCUGACGCUCCACGACAUCCGCUAUGAUGGACGCAGCUUAUUCUACCGUCUCUCUCUGUCCGAGAUGUUUGUACCCUACGGAGACCCGCGCUCGCCUUAUCCUCGCAAGGCUGCAUUUGACCUAGGAAGUGACGGGGCUGGCAUCAAUGCCAACAACCUUCGCCUAGGAUGUGACUGCCUAGGCCUGAUUAAAUACUUUGAUGGUUGGCACAACACUUCUUCUGGGGAGCCACUGAAGCUCCCUAAUGUCGUCUGCUGCCACGAGCAGGACGACGGCAUUCUUUGGAAACACACCAACUUCCGCACACAGAACGCCGUCGUGACGCGUGCACGCAUCCUGGUGUUGCAGACAAUCAUCACCGUCAGCAACUAUGAAUAUAUCUUUGCCUUCCAGUUUGGUCAAGACGCAUCUAUCCACUACGAGGUGAGGGCCACGGGCAUUCUCUCCACAUGUCCAAUCAAUCUCGGUGAUCAGGUUCCCUACGGAACGAUCGUGGGCCCUGGCGUUCUUGCUCCCUAUCACCAACACCUAUUCUGCCUCCGGAUGGAUCCCUGGCUCGAUGGCGAUGUUCGCAACUCUCUGCAGGUUGAGGAGUCACACCCCAUGCCGGUCAAUGACCCUUCCAUCCACAAUCCAUUGGGCGUCGGCUACAGCACAACGUCCGUGAUUGUUCCUGAGGAAACGGGCCUCGACCUGGACUUCACUAAGAACCGGACAUUCAAGUUGAUCAAUGAAAAUAAAAUCAACCCCACAACGAAAACGCCGGUUGGAUUCAAACUCCUUCCCGCAUACAGCCAAAUGCUCCUCGCCCACCCAGAUUCCUACCACUCCAAGCGUUCUGAGUUCGGCGCUCAUGCCGUUUGGGUGACCCGAUACGACGAUGAAGAGAUGUUCCCCGCAGGCCAGUAUACAAUGCAGUCAAGUGGCGGCGAGGGUAUCAACUCGGCCAUCACAAGGCGCCGCAACGAUCCUGGAAGCAAAACCUCUGUCCGCAACGAGGAUAUUGUCCUCUGGCACACCUUUGGAUCGACCCAUAAUCCGCGAAUAGAAGAUUGGCCGGUUAUGCCAAUGGACAGGAUGGUUGUCGGGUUGAAGCCGGUCAACUUCUUCAGUGGGAAUCCUGGCCUGGAUGUCCCUGUUUCGACACAGGAGAGGAAUCGGAGUGUGUUGGUAGAAGGGGACACAGUGGUGUCAACUUCGGACGCGUGUUGUCGCUUGUAA